AUGGAGGGCGGGUUGGGUCUGGCUGACCUGAAGAUAUGGCUGGAUGGGCUGGCGGUGCGCAGAGUGGGGAAGCUGCUAGCAGAACCAGACGGGGUCCGGAGGUGGCUUGCGGAAGAGGCGGCAGAGCUUCCUCAAGGGACGGUGACAUGGUAUGCGCAUCCUGUAGUGAUCAAGAAGUGGACGGGGGGAAGCGAGAGAUGGAAGGCAGCGGCGAAGGCUUUCUGGAAAACUCCGUUUGCGGAUCUACCGGACCCGUUGUGUCGGUGGGAAGUCGACGAGGAAUGGGUCUGUUUCAACAGGAAACUGAUGCGCAGGGGGAAGAGCCCUUUUGGGUUACAAAAGGGGUCGGAGUGGAUAAUGAACCUGAGGGUGAGGGAUCUUCUCACUGAGGUACCAGGAGACCGCAGGAGGCCAAAGAGUGUUGAGGAGUUAACGGCGGAGAUAGGGGAUGAAGUGGCAGCAGCCCUGGCGGCUAAGGCAUACGAGGCGCUUCCGGCGGCAUGGAAGGAGAUGGCGCUGGCCCCGGUGACGGCGCAGGCGCUCAAGGAGGCGACGUCGGUCGUCAGCGUGCUGACAAGGCAGCCAGGAGAAAAAGCCUACUGGAAGGUGACAGGGACAGAGGGGGCUAAAAUCGUGGCCUCCCAUCUACAUCUCAAAGAGAGCGGGAAGUUGGAGGCGCUGGCGGGCUCUGCGAAGGCUUGUUUCGAAGUCUGCGGGGUGCAGUCAGUGGCGGAACAUGAUAUGGUGCUGGUCGGGCCGCCCAGAGCAUGA